CUCAAUACAUUUCUUCGUAACUAGGUGCACAGUUGCACUGAUAAAGCAAAAAUAGUGUCAUUAUCAUCGAUUGAUCGUAAACCGCAAGCAUUACGGAGGGUCAUUUUUGAGUCGAGUGAAUAAAUAAAUCGAACAAAAAUGCCGAUUGAUUUUGCAGCGUUUGCUUACGCAGCCUCUGUUGCCGGCGGUGGAAUUUUAGGCUAUGUAAAAGCAAAAUCAAUCCCCUCGUUGGGUGCUGGACUACUCUUUGGGUCCAUACUGGGGUAUGGAGCAUACCAAACCUCUCAAGACCCUCGAAACUGCGCUGUUCUCCUGGGGACAAGUACCGCUCUGGGUGGAAUCAUGGGGUAUCGUUUCUAUAACACGAAGAAAAUAAUGCCUGCUGGUAUGAUUUGCGUCAUAAGUUGCGCGAUGGUCGUUAGAAUAAUUUGGAGGUCCUUCCAAUCUCCUGAAGCACCGCUGAAAGCUGAUUAAAUGCCACAGACAAAUUCUUCGGAAAUAGGAGAGAAGUUUUAUAUACCAGUGAAAGAAAAGCUUAAUAUUGUUUAACCGGUAGUUUAAUCAAGGGUAGCGAUUGUGGAGAUUAUUGUAAAUCAUAGGAGAGGUUUUGAUAUGUAAAAAGUUUAUUUGUAAAACAUUUUUGCUUUAGUAAACUGAUUUUCAAUUAUAAAAGUUUUUGUUGGCAAAAUAUUUAAGGUUAUUUGAUGCAAAGACCAAUUGUAAUUAAUUAUGUGAUGAAACAAUCAAGUCACUGGGAAAAAAUUUCGUUAAGGAAACUAAUAAAUAUUAUGGAAAAAU